UUGAAAUCGGAGACAAAACACGUGCCUUACCAAUUUCGCAUUUUAAUUUCAUUUCAUUUUGAACGGAAACCAAAACCCUCUCUUUUUUCCCUUUAUUUUCUUCCAUUUUCUCUCUGAAUCGGUUUCCGAAGCUGCCAUGGAAGCGAUACUCGUUGAUUGCGUGCAGAAGAGCCUUCGGCAUUUCAUGCACGCCAACGCCAUCUUCCUCUGCCACCGUCUCUGCGCCGAGUUCCCCACCGAGACAAAUCUCCAGUUGUUGGCUGGAUGUUACUUGCAGAAUAAUCAAGCUUAUUCUGCAUAUCACAUCUUAAAGGGGGCGCAAAUGGCUCAAUCCCGGUACUUGUUUGCAAUAUCAUGCUUUCAAAUGGAUCUUCUUAGUGAAGCUGAAACAGCAUUAUGUCCUGCUAGCGAGCCCAGUGUAGAGGUUCCAAACGGGGCAGCUGGUCAUUAUCUGUUAGGGUUGAUUUACAGAUACACUGACAGAAGGAAAAGUGCCAUUCAUCAUUUUAAGCAGGCACUAUCAAUGGAUCCUCUUAUGUGGGCUGCGUAUGAAGAGUUGUGCAUAUUAGGUGCUGCUGAAGAUGCGACUGCAGUUUUUGGUGAAGCAGCUGCUCUUUGUGUACAAAAGCAAUACCUACAUUGCUCGACCACCUCUAAGUUGCAGUCAUCAGCCGAGGAUUGUAAUUUAGUUGACACUAGUCACUCUGUCUCAGAAGAUACAAGUCCCAGGCAACUGAAACUUAUGCCAGGCCUGAAGGAUGUUCCUGGAAAUCAUCAUGGGGCAUCUAUUUUAGGAGGAACUUCCCAACCAAUUAAUAGUGGUCUGUCCAACAUAUCAUUUUAUAACACCCCAUCUCCAAUGGCAACACAGUUGUCAGGUGUUGCUCCACCCCCUUUGUGUAGGAAUCUGCAGCCCAAUGGCCAAAACAUGAGUACAGUGAAUACUGACAGUUCUCCUAAGUCAUCAGUGAACUCUACCAUUCAAGCCCCUCGGAGAAAGUUUGUGGAUGAAGGAAAAUUACGUAAGAUUUCGGGAAGAUUGUUUUCUGAUUCUGGUCCUAGACGUAGCUCAAGACUGUCCAGUGAUGCAAGUUUAAAUGCUAAUGCAGCAGUUGUAUCUGGAAAUGGAACUGGUAAUUCUUCUAAGUAUCUUGGAGGGUCAAAGCUUAGCAGUAUGGCAUUUCGUUCCAUGGCAGUUCGUAAAGGGCAGUCGUGGGCCAAUGAAAAUGCUGACGAAGGAACUCGAAACGAUGUUCUUGAUGAUUCUCGUUUAAAUGUCACAUCGUCUACAUCUAGUUCUACUCCUACCAUGGAUGCUAAAUCUUAUGAACAAGAAGCAGCAAAUUUUCCCAUUGGUGGACAAACAGUGAGCGGUUCAAAAGUCAUUUCUGGAGCUUCAGAAAUACUGACCCUUUUAAGAAUUUUUGGUGAAGGCUGUAGACUUGCCUACUCAUAUAGUUGUCAGGAUGCACUGGAUACCUACAUGAAACUUCCACAUAAGCAUUACAAUACUGGGUGGGUUCUUUCCCAGGUUGGAAAAGUGUACUUCGAAUUGGUUGAUUACUUAGAAGCUGAUCAGGCUUUUGGCCUUGCUCGUCAGAUCAUGCCUUAUAGCUUGGAAGGAAUGGAUGUCUAUUCAACAGUUCUUUAUCACCUGAAGGAGGAUAUGAAGUUAAGUUACCUGGCUCAGGAACUGAUAUCAACUGAUCGUUUAGCUCCUCAGUCUUGGUGUGCAAUGGGUAAUUGCUACAGCCUGCAAAAGGAUCAUGAAACUGCACUGAAGAAUUUUCAGCGGGCUGUUCAACUGAAUCCCAGAUUUGCAUAUGCACACACCCUUUGUGGACACGAGUAUGUAGCACUAGAAGAUUUUGAGAAUGGAAUCAAAUGCUACCAGAGUGCGCUCAGGGUUGAUGCAAGGCAUUAUAAUGCUUGGUAUGGACUUGGAAUGGUAUACCUACGCCAAGAAAAGUUUGAGUUCUCCGAACAUCAUUUUCGAAUGGCUUUCCAAAUCAAUCAACGUUCGUCUGUAAUAAUGUCAUACCUUGGUACUGCUUUACAUGCCUUGAAGAGAAGCGAAGAAGCACUGAUGGUAAUGGAUAAGGCUAUUUUAGCGGAUAAAAAGAAUCCCCUUCCAAUGUAUCAGAAGGCCAAUAUACUUUUGAGCUUGGAAAAGUUUGAGGAAGCAUUGGAAGUCCUAGAGGAGCUUAAAGAGUAUGCACCUCGUGAAAGUAGUGUUUAUGCUUUGAUGGGCAGGAUCUAUAAAAGGCGUAACAUGCAUGAGAGAGCUAUGCUUCAUUACGGUAUAUCUCUGGAUUUGAAACCAUCUGCAACAGAUGCUGCUUCUAUCAAGGCUGCCAUUGAGAAAUUACAUGUACCAGAUGAAAUGGAAGACAACUUGUAGCUAGAUGAAGUGCAGAAUGCUAGCCUGUGUAAAUUACCCAGAUUUUGAAUCCUUGAAUACAAGGACUUGACUCUGCUUGUGCUUUCGGCAAAAUUGUUCGUUGAAGCAGUAUAACUACUUGAGAAGUAUUUAUUCAUGCACUUGAGAAGUAUUUAUUCAAGCAGCCAUCACACCCAUCCAAAAGACGGAUCUCUCUAAGUGACCAGAGUUUUGUACCGAAUCAAAUACUAAAAGAAAGGAGGACAUGAUGUAACAGAGGUGCCAAGAAGCUCCUAAUUAACUUGUACGAAUAGUUAUGUCAAAGAAAUCAUCAUGUAUUUUUAGUCAAUCCAUUCAUUUGUUAAUAAAUGACAGCUUUGGUUU